GGACUUGCGCAAGCAUGCGCAAGUUGUAAAGCGAAGACGACGAAACGGUCAGUACGCAUUGUGUAUAUUGUAUCGUUUCUGAACUCCAGCGAAUUCUUGUCCCAUCCACCGAUUUUCUGCCAUUGUUCUUCGAUCUCUUCUCACGAUGGCGAAUGAGACGUGUUCGUCUGGCGAAGUCAUGACUGAAGCUGCGAAAACAGCAAAUCAGCUCUACAAGAUCCACAACCAGGAUGACUUCAGCCGGAUCACCAAGGGAAUUAAAGUUGCACGGUGCAUGCAGUCACCGUCGACUUACGUACCUGAUAGCGAGCAGAUAAUAUGCGAGCUGGUGGUAUCCGAUUCUUUGUGUUGUUCCUAUUGUAAUACUGAAUUUGAGGACAAGGUGCAACAGAGACUCCACUAUAAGCUGGAUUGGCAUCGUUACAAUCUAAAACAACAUCUGAAUGGUUUGAAGUCAAUUAGUGAGGACAAUUUCAAUAAAUUAGCCGGCGAAGGCGACAUGUCUAGCCUGUCUGGUAGCGAGGUAGAGUCCGAGAACGAUGACGAUGCUGGUACUUCGGAGACUGGGGUUUCAUCUAAUGAACAAACCAAGAACGAGUCUUCAAGUAAGACUGGACUUGGCAGGUCCAGAAAGACAUCAGAAAGACGCGGGAAAACAAUCGAGUCAGACAUUUCGGAUACGGAGUACAACGAGGAAAUGACCAAGGAGCGGAAGUUGCAGGUUGUCGCAAGUCGUCACACCAAGGUGUUUUUCGAGAAUGAUGAUGGCAAUAUAUUUAGUAUCUACCGGUGUUUACUGCAUCAUAAAAAGGACAUUCCCGAAAAAGACACUGAGAUGAUCGCUCAGGCACUGGACAGCGGCAGAAAGUCCAAAUGGACGGUCAUCAUGGUCGGUGGUGGACACUUCGCCGCGGCAGUAUUUCAGGAUGGUGAGCCUAUCGUGCACAAGACCUUUCAUUCUUAUACCGUGCGAGCAAAGCAAGGCUUCGCUCAAAAUUCUCGUACAAAUGGUAAUCACGCGAAAAGCGCUGGUGCCAGUUUGCGAAGAUAUAACGAAGCAUCGCUUAUUCAGCAUGUACAAGAGAUAUUGGACUCAUGGUCGAUGCACAUCAACAAUUCAGCAGCUAUUUUAUACCGAGCGGUCGGUCCACACAAUCGUACGGUGCUCUUCGGUGGCAAGAAUCCACCUUUAGAUAAGAACGAUUUUAGAAUAAGACCACUGCCAUUCCCUACUCGAAGAGCAACGUUUAGAGAAGUCAAGAGGGUAUAUGAUAUUUUGAGCACCAUGGAGAUUUAUGGCUCUGCGGCGAAUUUCACGGACUGUUUCCCCAACUCUCCGCGACAGCCCGUACGGAAGAAGGUCUCGAAACCGGAGAUCAUGAGCGAGAUACCUGAAGGAGAAGUUGCUACGGAGUACAAUUCUAAUGCCGGUAAUCUUAGUAGUCCGCAGGAUAACGUUAAGACACCUGCGCAAUCUACUCCAGAGAAGCAACACCGGAAUUCUCGUCCGCACAUAGAUAGGGCGAAACCGAGGAAAAGUCCGAAUCGACCACUGCCAGAUAUAAUUGUUAAAUUAGCUCAAUCGUCCUCUGAAUCCGAAAUGGAUCCAAAUUUUCCAAUAGACGUUCUUUUAACUGAAGAAAAUUUUGAGGUGUCAUUUAGGGCGAAUUUACAACCGUUUCAAGAUACUGUGCCGAGAUACAUGAAAAACAAGAAAGCUCAUAGACAGAAAAAGAAAGUCAAGAAAGACAAUCAGAUGAACAAUGAAGUGCUAUCGGACGCUAAGAUUAAAUUAUGGAUUGCCUGUAAGCGGGGCGAUAAUGAUCUGUUAUCGUCGGUUAUUGAUACCUUGUUAGCCAAAAUUAAGGAGUGCGAAGAGGAACAAAACAAGAAAGACGUCAUAGAUAGUUGCGUUAUGUCUAACAAUAUUCUCGUGAGCACAAAUGACGUGACGAAAUUGGUUAAUGAUACCAAUGAGGAUGGCAAUACAAUGCUGCAUUUGGCGGCACUUGGUGGACAUUGCGAGCAAGUAUGGUUGCUGCUAAAAAUCGGAUCUGACCCUUGCAAUAAGAAUAAAAAACUGCAGACACCAUAUGCUGCUGCAAACGAUAAAAAAACUAGAAAUACGUUUAGAAGAUUUAUGGAAGCUAACCCGGACAAGUUCAAUUAUCAAAAAUCUCAAAUACCUGGGCCGCUCUCUGAUGAGAUAGAACAAGCAGAAACGGAAAAGAAAAGACAGCAGCGUAAGUUGAAACGCUUUAAGGAGAAAGUUAAAAGGAAGGAAUUCGAAUUAAAGAAGCAGGAGGAAAACGAGAAGCAAAAGUUCCUUAAUCUCAGCGAUAAAGAAAAGAGAGCUUUGAUCGUACAGAAUCGGAUGUUGAGUGAAGGAUACACUGUGAUGUCGCGAUGCUUCCAAUGCGCCAUCGAUAUGACUGAUAAGAAAAUUAUUAAGAACGCGAGCAUUUCUUGAUUUUAAUAAACUCAAAGAAACUGGACUGUAAGAAAAUUAUGACAAAGAAUUUUGAUAUGUAAAUAGCGAUGUAAAGAGAUGAAUGAUAAGAUCGAAGGAUUUAAAGAAUUUCUUUCGGGCUACAAUGGAUUAUAUAUUUUGAUCUAUAUAUAAUCGGAUGUACACAGAGGGCACGUUUUUUACAAGGUAUAAUGUAUUAUUCUAUACAUAUUUCGACUAAUAUUUGACAUCUUUACUCGUGUAUUAAAUGCCAUACAUAUAGUAUAUAGGAGUAAAAUGACAUACUGCUAAAAGAAAUAAUAACUACUCAACGUUCACAUAUACAUUCGCGUUCGAAAUAUUCGCGGAAAGAUUACGCAUGUAUACAUACAGGAUGCUUAAGUAUAAUUUAUUUCUAAUAUUUUUCUUGAAACUGAGAGAAAGAUAUUGCCAAGAAAUUAGAAAAAAUAAUAUCAAACAAGAAAAGUUAACAUUUCAAUAAAUUAUGGCCAGUAUUCAUAAUUCUUAUAGGUAUUUAAGACUGUCUUAGGUACAAUCUUAAGAUGUCAUGAACCAAUGAAAUGGUAUUAGCAUCUUGAGUCAUUACUUAAGAUUAUCUUGAAAUAAAAAUGGACUAUGAAUGCGCCGGGAACCUAUGAGUAUAUUAUAUAAAUAUAUAAGAAAAUUCAAGACUUAACAUAUUAAAAUAAUUUUUUCUAUAAAAAAAUUUUUUGACUAAUUUGUAAAUGAUGUGCGACAAACGGGAUUAAUGAAAAAUAAAAGUCAGAAACUUACAAAUUAGAAACUUUAAGAAAAGUUAUUAGAAACUUUAAUUAAUGAAAUCGUUUAAAGAAGUUAGAGCUUUAUGGGUUGCUAAUUAAUAUUUAAUUAUUAACUUAGAAAUAACAUAAUUAAUGAGAACAACAUAAUUAGUCGGAUAAUUACUCGGAUAAAAAAAUCAUGAAUAUCAGAAAAAUAUUCUAUCCUUCUAUUAAUUAUUAAUUAAAUCUGUAGAGAUGAUUUUAUCAAAGGCACCCUAUACAUAUCCGAUUGAUCGUAAAAUCGUAUUAAUGAUUAGUAUCAUCAAAAACGAACAUUCGCGCAUGUUGUAUAUUAUCCUAAAAAAUUGAUUUCAUGAUUAACAGUACGACGUAAUCCCAGAGAUUCGACGGUUUUUGCAAGCGAAAAAUAUCUCCGAUGAGAAAUGAAAAGUACGUUGAAGAACAUCAAAUGAUUUCACAGAUUCAACUGUAACGAUCCAACAGUCGACAUCCAGCAGUAUAUUAUAACUCUCCAUUGAUGUAUGUACAAGGUAACUGUCUUUACACUUAGUCCCUACAAGCUUGAUAAAAAUAGUGCACAAAAUACACAUUUUGUGCAGAACGAUCGAACGAUCUUACGCGAUUGUUUGAAAAUUCGAUUGGAACGGACGUGGAUCGAAAACCCGAAAUCUAACUUUGACGAGGAAUGAGAAGAAAAUUUUUCGACAUCGCGAGUCUCUUCGAUCGCCCUAUAUAUAUCUUUCCUGGCUUCUCUUUUGAACAUUCGAGAUAUAUACAAAGCAAAAAUUAUUUCGGAAUCGUGAAAGUUGUGAAGCAUAUAUCUGAGUAUCAUUUAGGCUGAACGCAUGCGGAGUAUCGCGUGUAUUGUGGUCCUCUGUUCGUGCAAAAAUAGGUGUUCUGCAUUCGGUUUUUUACUUCUGGUUCCGAUCCCGUCAGAUGAAACGUCGAGCAGCUCAUUUAAGUACAAAAUAUCUUUGUUCGAGAUCAUCUUUUAUGUUUUCUUUGCAUCAAUCUUCCUUUCUCGUGUCUGCCUUGAUCGCGGUAUACGGUCUGACUUAUACUACUCUUGUUUCACUGAUUUGAAAUGAUAUGCAGUGUACAUCUCUUUUCAGUGUCUAACAUAGCAGUGUAAAUUUAAACUGGAAAAUUUUCGUCGUACCAAAAUUUUGCAACGAUAAUAUUUUGAUUCAA